AACACAAUCAACAAUUUUGUUUCAAAUCUCUACCAUUUUUGGUGCUUCCUUCAACUCAUAUCAACACUGCCUCUGCCUCAAAAUUCAAGUUCAAUCUCCCAAUUUCCAGAUUCCAAUCCGAUCGAAGAGCGAAUAAUUUCGUCAUAAAAGAGAGUACAACGGAAGCUGCAACGUGGCGGUGGGCGUGCACUUUCUCCAACAUUUAAACUCUCAAAAGCUCGAGAAUUAUAUUCAGAAGCCACAACUUAAUGGGUUUUUAAUUUUUCUUUGUUUUGUUUUUAAAAACUGUCAGUUUGAAACAAACAUGGAAAUUAAUAACGGAACGAUGAAACACGGAGUGGAUACGAAUUCUACAUUACCAUCAAGGGGAUCUGAGUCUUUUAAUGCAGAACAACUGAUGACAGAGACGGUAAGAGAGUUCUCUCUCUGGGUAUGGGUGACCCUUCUGCUUAUUCUUGCUUCCACACUACUCAUGUUGCUCCAGAAGCUGUUAUUGACGCUCUUCAAUCUGAUAAAUCAAUGGCUAUGCCCCCCAUUCUGGUCUUCCCAAACAAGAAGGGCUGUUGCUGAAUAUCUCUCUCGGGAUCUUCCUUACAAGUUAUCAUCGGAAGAUGUAUUUAUCACUUGUGGCUGCACGCAAGCCAUAGAUGUUGCAAUGGCAAUGCUUGCGCGCCCGGGUGCAAAUAUCUUGCUUCCAAGGCCAGGCUUCCCAAUCUACGAACUUAGUGCUGGCUUUAGACAUCUUGAGGUUCGGUAUUUUGAUCUUUUGCCUGAGAAGGGUUGGGAGGUUGAUCUUGAUGCUGUUGAAGCUCUUGCAGAUAAAAACACUGUAGCAGUGGUAGUUAUAAACCCCGGCAAUCCUUGUGGAAAUGUAUAUUCUUACCAACAUUUGAAGAAGAUUGCAGAAACUGCAAACAAGCUAAGAACUCUUGUCAUCGCUGACGAAGUUUAUGGGCACCUUGCUUUUGGGAGUAAGCCAUUUGUGCCAAUGGGAGUUUUUGGCUCGAUUGUUCCCGUUCUUACUCUUGGAUCUUUAUCAAAGAGAUGGAUUGUACCUGGAUGGCGACUUGGUUGGUUCGUGACAAGUGACCCUUGCGGCAUGUUUAGAAAACCGAAGGUUGUUGAGCGUAUUAAGAAGUACUUUGAUCUCCUUGGGGGCCCUGCAACCUUCAUUCAGGCAGCCGUUCCUCGCAUCAUCGAGCAAACUGAUGAGCUUUUCUUCCAGCAAACCAUAAAUAUACUGAAGAAUAGCUCAGAUAUCUGCUAUGAAUGGAUAAAGGAGAUUCCUUGCAUUAGUUGCCCCUACAAACCAGAGGGAUCUAUGGCUGUAAUGGUGAAACUUAAUGUUUCAUUCCUCGACGAUAUCAGUGAUGAUAUCGAUUUCUGUUUCAAGCUGGCAAAAGAGGAAUCUGUGAUCAUUCUUCCUGGAACUGCUGUGGGGCUAAAAGAUUGGCUCCGAAUAACUUUUGCUGCUGAUGAAUACUCCCUCGAGGAAGCGUUAGGCAGGGUAAAAUCUUUCUGUGAAAGGCAUGCCAAGCAAUUGGAAGUAUAUUAGAAAGCUCAAGUUCAGUCAAUAAGAAUGCUAUUAAUCGACCUAUUCUGCAUACUUGCCAUGGCAUAAUUGUUACAAAGAAUAAUAUUAUUUAUCCAGUGGGUUCAUUUAUGUUGUUAUAUUUAUUGGGUUGUAAAUAAUAUUUACAACAAAAAUCAAUCACUACCAAAGCUGAUAUUUAUCCAGCAAAAUUUACUUUCAACUUUCAAAUUGUUUUCAGAGCAAUAGAUGUAAUAGCUUUCUGAAUGUUGUCUUAUUUGUUGUAUGUAGCUUUGUGAAAGAACAAUAAAAGGGGUUGGUUCUCAAUCAUGAACCAAUUAUCUUACUAUUAUAUUAAA